AUGCAAUAUACAGCAAUACGGACUCUGAUCAAUCUAAUUAUCUACCUAUCUAUUCCUUAUCUAUCUAUCUAUCUAUCUAUCUAUGACGAGGCAGAUUUUUUUUCCCGCAUUUCUUCGUUUAUUUGUUUCUAUCUAUCUAUCUAUCUAUCUAUCUAUCUAUCUAUCUAUCUAUCUGUCCGUCUGUCUGUCUUUCUCUCUUUCUUUAUUUGUUUCUAUCUAUCUAUCUAUCUAUCUAUCUAUCUAUCUAUCUAUCUAUCUAUCUAUCUCAUUGAAUCAUAUAUAUCUCUUUGCUCAUAUCUAUCUAUCUAUCUAUCUAUCUAUCUGUCUAUCUAUCUAUCUAUCUAUCUAUCCUAUCCCAUUCGGAUCAUAGCUAUCUCAGUCUGUUUAUAUCUAUCUAUCUAUCUAUCUAUCUAUCUAUCUAUCUAUCUAUCUAUCCCAGUCUUUUCUUAUUUAUCUAUCUAUCUAUCUAUCUAUCUAUCUAUCUAUCUAUCUCUCUAUCUCAUUCGAAUCAUAUAUAUCUCACUUUGCUCAUAUCUAUCUAUCUAUCUAUCUAUCUAUCUAUCUAUCUAUCUAUCUAUCUAUCUAUCUAUCCCAGUCUUUUCUUAUCUAUCUAUCUAUCUAUCUAUCUAUCUAUCUAUCUAUCUAUCUAUCUAUCUAUCUAUCACUCUUGAUUAUUUGAUUUCUUUCUCUCUUUUUAUAUUUCUUCACUUUAUUUUAUUUUCCUUAAUUAAUUCUUUCUUUAUUCAUUCAGUCACUCAUUCAUUACUGUUAAUUUCCUUCUUCCAUUCCCUUUUUAUAUUUCGUCUCUUCAUUUUUUCUUUCAUUCAUUCUUUCCUUCCUACCUUCUUUCUUUCUUUCUUUCUUUCUUUCUUUUUCAUUGUUGUGUUUUUUCUUCUUCCUUUACCUUUUUUAUAA